CACAAAGUCCAGCGGUUGGGUUAGAGUUAACCUGCAAUUAAAGGAAUUAUUUCAUUCGGAAUGGGAAGAAUAAUAUUUCUUUACAGAAGUUAAAGAUACUAUAAAACUGUACAUUCGAUGCAGCUGGAUGAAUCCACAGAUGUCGUCGACACCUCUCAGAUGGCCGUGUUGGUCAGGAUGGUUUUUAGCGAUUUUACGAUUAAAGAAGAUCUUUCGAAGUUUAUUCCACUAAAAGGACAGACUACUGGGCAGGACUUGUUUUCUUCUUUUAAAAAUAUUAUUUCUUCUGAGAAAAUUUCACUAUCGAAAAUGGUAGGCUUGACAACCGAUGGCGCUCCAACUGGGUCGUGAUAAGGG